UUAUUGACGUUCAUUUCAGCUGAGUUACAGGUGUCAGCCACAGGAGACUCAACUUUGACCCUAAACACCAACCACACUGUCAGCAACCAGACCAGGUGUGGUGGCAACACCGACUGCAUUGAAGGUGUCAUCUUGCCAGUGUGGAAGCCAUUAAACCCGCCCUUCCCAGACCGACUAGCCAGAGCCACCAUUUACUUUGUGGGAUUGGCCUAUAUGUUCCUGGGAGUCUCCAUCAUAGCUGAUCGUUUCAUGGCAUCCAUCGAAGUGAUCACUUCACAAGAGAGAAAGAUCACCAUAAAGAAGCCAAACGGAGAAAAAAUCACCACGACUGUUCGGAUUUGGAAUGAGACUGUGUCCAACUUGACCCUUAUGGCACUGGGUUCUUCUGCACCUGAGAUCCUCCUAUCAGUUGUGGAAGUUUGUGGUCACAACUUUAAUGCCGGUGAGCUGGGUCCCAACACCAUCGUAGGCAGUGCUGCCUUCAACAUGUUUGUCAUCAUCGGCCUGUGCGUGUCCGUCAUCCCUGAUGGAGAGACCAGAAAGGUCAAACAUCUGCGGGUCUUUUUCGUCACCGCUGCCUGGAGCGUAUUUGCCUACAUCUGGCUCUACAUGAUCCUGGCUGUCUUUUCUCCAGGAGUUGUUGAGAUAUGGGAGGGGCUUCUCACGCUCUUCUUCUUCCCCUUUUGUGUUGGAUUUGCUUACGUGGCUGACCGCAGACUUCUCUUCUACAAAUACGUACACAAACGAUAUCGAGCUGGGAAGCAGAAAGGAAUAAUUAUUGAAACCGAAGGAGAGCCGGUGCCAUCAUCGAAGGUCAGCAUUGAAAUGGGUGGAAAAAUGCUAAACUCUCACAGUGAUGAACUGCUGGAUGGAGAAGCACAGCUUGAGGAGAAGGAGAUGGAUGAGGAGGAGACCCGCAGAGAGAUGGCCAGGAUCCUGAAGGAGCUGAAGCAGAAACAUCCAGAGAAGGAGAUGGAGCAGUUGAUGGAGCUUGCUAAUUAUCAUGUUUUAACCCAGCAGCAAAAGAGUCGAGCCUUUUACCGAUGUCAGGCAACCAGGAUCAUGACAGGAGCAGGUAACGUCCUGAAGAAACAUGCUGCUGACCAGGCCAAGAGAAUCACCCAACAUGACUUCUGCUCUGAGGUGUCAGUGAACAGCUUCUCCUCCAAAGUCUUCUUUGAUCCUGGAUCCUACCAGUGUCUGGAGAACUGCGGCAGUGUGGCACUCAAUGUGGUUCGUAGAGGUGGAGAUUUAACAACUACAGUCUCUGUGAAUUACCGAACUGAAGAUGGUACUGCAAACUCUGGCUCAGACUACCAGUUCACCGAGGGAACUGUGGUGUUCAAACCAGGAGAGACUGAAAAGGAAAUAAGCAUUAAUAUUAUUGAUGACGAUAUCUUUGAAGAAGAUGAGCAUUUCUUGGUUCACCUCAGCAAUGUGAGAGUCGAAUUAGACGAUGCAGUCAGCAAUGAGACAAACCAUGUUGAUGCUGUUGCUGAGUUAGGGUUACCGUGCACAGCCACUGUCACCAUCUUUGAUGAUGAUCAUGCUGGAAUCUUCACCUUUGAGGAACCGGUGAUGACCGUGAGUGAGAGCAUUGGGGAGAUGGAGGUCAAGGUGAUGCGGAAAUCAGGAGCUCGUGGUGUUGUGAUGGUGCCAUAUAAAACUAUAGAAGGGACAGCAAAAGGAGGUGGUGAAGACUUUGAGGACACAUAUGGAGUGCUGGAGUUUGAGAAUGAUGAGAUCUUCAAAAUAAUUCGCAUCAAAAUAAUCGAUGAUGAGGAGUACGAGAAGAACAAGAACUUCUUCCUGGAAAUCAGUGAGCCUCAGCUGCUGGAGAUGAGUGAACGGAAAGCUCUGUUGCUUCAGGAAGUCGGUGGAUUUGUCAGGACAGACAAACAGCUGUUUGGUAAAGACGUCUACAGAAAGGUCCAGGGACGAGACCGCCCCGCCCCCUCAGCUGUCAUCAGCAUCACAGAUGGGCUACGUGAGGACAUCUUGACGAAGAAGGAGGAGGAGGAGCGGAGGAUUGCAGAGUUGGGCCGACCGAUCCUGGGUGAACACGUUCGUCUGGAGGUGACCAUCGAGGAGUCAUAUGAGUUUAAGAACAUGGUGGACAAACUCAUUAAGAAGACCAACCUGGCUCUGGUGAUCGGGACGAACAGCUGGAGGGAGCAGUUUAUGGAGGCCAUCACCGUCAGCUCUGGUGCGAGUGAUGAUGAAGACGGUGAAUGUGGGGUGGAAAAGCUGCCCUCCUGUUUCGAUUACGUCAUGCACUUCCUUACCAUCUUCUGGAAGCUUCUGUUCGUUUUCGUUCCUCCCACGGACUACUGGAAUGGCUGGGCCUGCUUCGUCGUCUCCAUCAUUGUCAUUGGUCUCCUGACCGCUGUCAUCGGCGACCUGGCAUCUCAUUUCGGCUGCACCGUCGGCCUCAAAGACUCCGUCACCGCCGUGGUGUUUGUUGCUUUGGGCACUUCAGUUCCAGACACCUUUGCCAGUAAAGUGGCAGCCAUUCAGGACCAGUACGCCGACGCUUCUAUUGGGAAUGUGACAGGAAGCAACGCCGUUAAUGUCUUCCUGGGAAUUGGAGUGGCAUGGUCCAUUGCUGCCGUCUACCACUACACCCAGGGGCAGGAGUUCAAGGUGGACCCAGGAACGCUGGCCUUCUCUGUCACGCUCUUCACCAUCUUUGCAUUCAUCUGCAUCGCCGUCCUGAUUUAUCGCCGCAGACCUUCGAUCGGCGGCGAACUGGGCGGUCCGAGAGUCCCUAAAAUGCUGACGACCUGCCUAUUCUUCAGCCUGUGGUUGAUGUACAUCGUCUUCUCAUCGCUGGAGGCCUACUGCCACGUGAAGGGCUUCUAAGAGUUCUGCUCUGUUGGACCCUGUCAGGUUCCAGCAAACUCCAGUUGGGUCUGCUGGACCUGGCUCCUACAAUGUGUUCUA